GCUUUUUUUUUUAAUUUCAUGAUUUCGGGGGAGGAGAUGAGGAAUUAGAGCGGGAGACAGGAAGGUUUAGGCUGGAAAAGGGGGAGAAAAAAGGGAAGUCUGGGUGAGGAGAGCAAGACUGGGAAGUAGUUCCGGCGGGGCGGAGGGGGCGCCGGUGGGUUUGGGCCUCGAGUGAGGCAGCGCUCGCGUAGUUGGCUGGGCCUCGGGGCGGCCGGGCGUCUUCUACGCUCCCCAGCGCCUCGGGCGGGAUGUGGCAGGAUUCGAACCGAGCGGCCGAGGGGCUGUAUCGUCGCCUCUUGCGGGCAUUUGAAGAUGGAAAGAAAGCGAUUUUGAAAGAACCAUUUACCUACCAGACGGAUGUCCAGGUGCGGUUGGUCAGUGCAGGUCAGCAAAGUCCUUUAGAAAGUUUCUGGAAUGGAAAGGAUAUGGUGUUUAUUGUGGAGAAAGCGCCAAUAAAGGAGGAAGAAGCAAACCACGUGGAAGACAUACAACCUGAGGAGACAGUGAUUUCGGAGCUUUCUGUAGGGGAGAAUGUGGGGCCACUCGGUUUAUCUAUUGGGAGAGCCAGGCAAUUAAUGGCACUUUACACCAUGUCCCAAAAUCCCAAUAUGACCCAUCUGGAGAUUAGCAGGCCAGUUCCUGUUCUUCCCCCACUGUGGGUAAGAUGUGAUGGGUCCGAUCCGGAAGGCACCUGCUGGCUUGGAGCCGAGCCUCUCAAAACAAAAAGCAGCAUCACGGGAAUCAUGUUCCACAUAGUCACCAGUACAGGGCCUGUGGCUGAUAAAAGUUGCCUUGUAAAACUUGAAGAUCUGAAAAAGAGACACAAGAAAAGGCAUCAUUCAUCCACUGUGGCGACCAGGGGCUUUGCCCGGUACGAGCUCUUCAGAUCCACAGCCCUGGAUGAUACGAUCAGUGCGUUAGAGAGUUCUAUAACGUUGGAUGUAUCCUGGAGCCCCGUAGACGAGGUUCUUCAAAUCCCACCGCUGACUUCGGCCGCCACCCUGAACAUUAAAGUGGAAUCUGGGGAUCCUAGGAGCCUUUUGUAUCAUCUACACAGAGAACUCAAGUUUCUCCUGGUCUUGGCUGGUGGUUUGAAGACCGGCAUUACAGAGUGGCCAGAACCUUUGGAAGCGAAGCCAGCUGUUGAACUUGUUCAGGAGCUUCUAACUGAUUUAAAGAAUAAACUGGAUGGAUUUGUUACUUCGGGAAAAAAGGAAGCAGAGGAGGUGAAGUGCGACACGGCUGCCGUGGACGAGUCCAUUAAGUGGCUCUUCAUGGAGCGGGGAGACCUGGAUUUCGCGGAGCAGCUUUGGUGCAAGAUGAGGAAAAGUAUCGCCUCAUAUCAAGAUUUGGUGAAGUGCUUCACCCUGGUUAUCCAGGCUCUUAAAUGUGGGGACAUCCAGCCGUGGCUCCAUAGUGGGAGCAGCAGUUUACUGGGCAAGCUGAUUCAGCAGUCUUACCACGGAACCAUGGAUGUGGUUUCCCUGAGCGGCUCCACCCCGAUCCAAAUGCUUUUGGAGAUCGGCUUGGACAAAAUAAAGAAAGACUACAUCAACUGUUUCAUAGGCCAGGAACUGGCAUCAUUAAAUCACUUGGAAUACUUCAUUACCUCAGCGGUAGAUAUUCAGGAACAAGUCCAUCGGGUUCAGAAACUCCACCACAUGCUAGAAAUAGUCAUCAGCUGCACCGUUUUACUUAAACUGAAACAUGAAAUCCUGUUUCCUUUGACACAGUCCUGUAUAAAAUACUACCAACAAAAUCCUCUAAACGAGCAACACCUCUUUCAGCUGCCCAUUAGACCCACUGCUAUCAAAAAGUUUUACCAAAGUGAGAGCCCGCAAACGUGGAGGGUGGAAGUUAGUAGUGGACCCGGACAAGAGGUUAAAACCCUCUGGCAGCUGAGCGAUAACCCCCCAGUGGAGCAUCUCAGUUUUAGUAAGCAAGAUCUUUCUGAAUCAACAUUUAACAGUAACAUUGAGGAAAGAAUGUAUUUCACUACAACGGCAAACUGCAGUCGGGUGUAUUUUACAUGACAGCGCAGCUACGCUCUCCGAAAAGUGACAGAGGGAAAAGGAAUCCGCAAACCUAUGAAUCGACCCGACGAUGAAGACACUGUAUUAUCCCUUUCACCAGACGCCGAGAGAUGCCACCUUUCACGCUGGCUCUGGCCCACUUGGUCUCCGGAGGAGGACGGAGAAGAAGACGGCGCUGAUCAGGAUGCAAAGCGCGCACACCGUGGGCACCACGACCUCCGUCAUCAUCUGCACGGGGCUUACCGAGGGAUCUGAAGGUUAAGGGGCAGGAUGGAGGCAGGUUCAAACUUUGACUCUUCCACCUUUAUCCUGAAGGGGAUAACGGCUUCAGCAAUGUCCCCCGCCUUUCGAAUAAAAUGGAUUUUUUUGUCAUAGGAAACCCCAAUAACAAAGUAUUCUCCGCUUGGGUUA